AGAGUAUGAAUGGCUGGGGAGGUGCAGAGGGUGCUUCCCGAAUCUGGAGCCCCCGCUCCACAUUCUCUCACUCUCUCUAUUUCUGCGUUCGCGCAUUCGGAGGGGCCGUAGCACGAAUCUCGCCGCUUGUGUCCAAUCCCAAUUCCCCGCUCACAUUGCAGUAGAGCCUGUGGCCACUGUGAAUUGCACUUCAGAGCUUCUUACUGUGUGAGAUUUUGCGAGGUUUUGCCAAGUUUCAGAGGGUUUUUUGUUUUAAGGUUUGCAAGGAGGAGCAUGGCGCUGCAGAAUCAGCUUUUGAUUGGCAACAGAAGGGCGACGAGCGGAUUCGGUGACUGCUCGUCGUUCCUGCCUGGGAAGCCCUCUGGGACGAGAGCGCAGCGGCUGGCCACCCGCAGGUCGCUGCUGCUGUGGGGUGCCAGAGCCAAUUUGGACGCGUCGGGUGGGUUUGGCACGGAUUUGUUCACUGAGACCAGGGCUGCGGGUGGCGGUGUGAAGACGGAGAAUCGGUUGGAGAACGUUUUCGGCUCUUUCGAUGGAGGUAUGGUAAAAGAGUCGAAGAGAACGUUGGAGUUUGUGAAGUACCAAGGUAUCGGCAAUGACUUCAUCAUGGUCAACAACCUCGAUUUUUCGGAACCGAUCAUAACUGCGGCAGAGGCUGUUCGCUUGUGUGACCGCCAUCUCGGCAUUGGUGGCGAUGGUGUCAUCUUUGUCAUGCGGGACGGGGAAGAUUAUCAAAUGCGAAUCUACAACUCUGACGGUUCUGAACCAGAGAUGUGUGGCAAUGGAAUUCGCUGUUUCGCCAAGUAUCUUGCUGACCUUGAGCAGGCAUCAGCACCCAGGAGUUACAAAGUCCUCACUCUCGCAGGCCACAUGAUUCUUGAAUUGCGGGAAGACGGACAGGUCUGCGUGGAUAUGGGACCUCCUAUACUGGAAGCACCUCAGAUUCCAACUAAGCUUGCUCCUCAAGGGGAGGUUGUCAAAGCACCGUUGGAUGUGGAUGGAAAGACGUGGCUGAUGACGUGUGUUAGCAUGGGCAAUCCUCACGCUAUCACCUUCGGACAGGAAGGAGGAGAGGGGUUGAAUGUUGAUGCACUUCCUUUGGAGCAAAUUGGACCUCUAUUUGAGCACCACGAAGUGUUUCCUGCGAGAACAAACACAGAGUUUGUUGAGGUCUUCUCUCGUAAUCACCUCAAAAUGCGCGUGUGGGAACGGGGCGCCGGUGCUACUCAGGCCUGUGGAACUGGAGCUUGUGCGGUAGUUGUUGCUGCAGUGAAGGAAGGUCGCGCCGAAAGGAGGUGCACAGUUGAUCUGCCCGGUGGUCCGCUGGAAAUUGAGUGGAGAGAAUCGGACAACCACAUCUACAUGACCGGCCCUGCGAAGAGAGUAUUUCAGGGCACAGUUGUGCUCGAGAAUUAGUGGAGAGGAGUGUUGUAGUCGACUUGCAACUUGGGGUUAGAUACAUUUUGAGUCUGGCUGAUCAGCUACAUGCUCUUCCUUUUUUGAAACACAAUUGCCUACGGUUUGCAGCUCUUAUCAGCAAUUGUGAACUCUAAAUUUUUGGCUUUUCUGGUCAACUAUAUCCUCGUCAUCCAAGGGGUUUCUCUUUGCAUGACAUGUCCAAUGGAGUGAUGCAUUUCCUUGUGAAA